GGGAAACAAAAUGUCAUUUUUAAAAUGAAUAGAAAUCACAAAGCGAGUGUUGAGCAGGGCUGAGAGGAGACGAUGGUGUUUAAACGCGAAAUCCCUGAAACGUAUCUGAAGUCGCGUCACAGACAGAGCUGAAAGUCAGUGUAUAAUCAUCGCCGCUCCUCCUGUAGGAAGGACGCUCCCCAGAUAGCUAGCUGGCUCGUUAAACUAAGGCGAACCAUGUCAGUAAAUCUCAGCAAAAACGGACCCGCAUUGACAGCUGCAUACAAAGAAGUGGUGGACGAAAAAUCCAACACGAACUGGGCCUUGUUCACCUACGAGGGAAACAGCAAUGACAUCCGUUUGGCAGAAAAAGGAGAUGGAGGACUGGAGGAGUUGGUUGAGGAACUCAACAGUGGAAAAGUGAUGUAUGCCUUCUGCAGAGUUCAGGACCCGAAUUCUGGUCUGCCCAAAUACGUCCUCAUCAACUGGACUGGAGAAGGAGUAAAUGAUGCCAGGAAGGGAAUGUGUGCCAAUCAUGUCCUUUCUAUGGCCAAUUUUCUUAAGGGGGCUCAUGUCACAAUUAAUGCAAGAGCAGAGGAGGAUGUUGAGCCUGAAGCCAUCAUGCAAAAAGUCGCUAAAGCUUCAGGAGCCAACUACAACUUCCACAAGGAAACUACCAGCCGCUUUCAGGACAGCGGCCCUCAGGGGCCCGUGGGCUCCGUUUACCAGAAAACCAAUGCCAUGUCAGAAAUCAGGAAAACGAAUAAAGAUAACUUCUGGGCACAGGCUGAGAAAGAGGAGGAAAAACGGCGGCAGGAGGAGCGACGCAAGGCAGAGCAGGAGCGCCAGCAGCUGGAUAAGGAGAGAAAAGACAGAGAGGCCAAAGAAGCUGCACUGAGGGAGAAACGAGACAAGGAGAAGGCCUCUCAAAUCGAACAGCAGAAGAAGUACCAAGAGCAGCUGGAAGCUGAACGUAAGGAGCAGGACAAACAGCAGUGGGAGGAGCAGCAGAAGGAGGACAUCCAGAGGAAAGCAGUCAGGAGGGGUGAAUCUGUAGAGAAGGUCAAUGAAGCUGCAUCCCUCAUUUCUCAGCGCUCUGUGAACCCCAGAGAGAUGUUCAAGCAGAGAGAGCGGGGAAUGACUCCCAGCGACUCGGACGUGCCCCCUGCUGCUGCUGCUGCUGCUGCUGCUGCUGCUGCUAGCCCCCAGCCAGGGCGACUUCAAAGCCCCUUUCUGUCUGAGCAAGCAUUUAAAUCUGAGCGAAGCAGCUCGCCGCGGCGUCAAGCUUCUCCUUCUGCUGCGCCAGCACGCUCCGCCUCUCCUGUCCGUGCCACAGAGCCUGUUGUGGAGGAUGAGCAGGAGGCAGCCCCCCAGGAGCAGUGGAAAGAGGAGGCGCCCAACACCAACUCGUACGUUCAAGAGUUGCCUGAUGAAGAACCCGCUCAGGUGGAGGACAGCAGCUCCUGUAACGUAACGGCAGAUUCAUCAGACAGAGGCAUCUGCGCUAGAGCUCUGUACGACUAUCAGGCUGCGGAUGACACAGAGAUUUCUUUCGACCCGGAUGAAAUCAUCACCGCCAUCGAGAUGAUCGACGAAGGGUGGUGGCGAGGCUUUGGCCCCGACGGCCAUUUUGGAAUGUUCCCGGCCAAUUACGUGGAGCUGAUUUAGCUAAACCCCAGAGGAGCUGAGCAGCAGAAGAGCGCACGCUGCAGUCAGUCCAUACACACGUAGGAGGCUCAAAGGGAGUAGCCUUCAGCUCGUGGCGCAACAAACACGGGGUGGUAAAUGUGGACCAGAAGCUUUCAAAAAUCUUUUAACAUUUCAAGUCUACUAUUGAUGUUUUCACAAGCUGACGGCUCUGCAGAGGGAACCGAGGCCAUCCCAUAAUUCUGCAGCCCCUCAUUCCAGCACGACAUCAGCUUUAAAGCCUUCAGUUGUAAAGCAUCUUCUAGCUCCCAUUCCUUAAGUGGCUUCAGUUUAUGUUCAGGUGUGACUUGGUGAUUCUGUGUAGCAGCUGUUUCUGUCCGUUUUUUCAGGAAAUGAAAUUGAAAGGGUGUCACCAGAAGCAGCUAAUCCUUUGCCUUGAUUUUUACCAUUUCUUUCCGGCAGACUGAAAUAUUCUUGUUUUGUUUUUUUGCGUGAUUGACCUUCAAUCUUGUGGGACUUUGAAACGUGCACUGAUCCGACUGUGGCUGAAGUGAUGAUCUAAAUGGAGAAACGACCCUCGCCGCGCUGUGGGUUGGGCCUACAGCAGGGCAGUGCAUCAGUUCCAUUUUUAAAUGCGAAUAAAUGGCCGUUCUCAGUGCAACUUCUUCCUCAUUCGAACCACAUCCUUUCAACAAACUUAACUUUUUAGGGAAUGACUGAAAUGAGGAACACACACGUCUGCAUUUAUUUCAAUUCAAAUUGCAGAUCUGUAUCAAGCCCUGUGUGCUUUAUUGUGCCAUCAAUGAUGCGAGGCAGCGGCUGCAGCUCAACCAGAACCGCGGGAAAGUAGACUUUAUGCAACUAUUUUGUGUGACUCCCACCCUCCUUUAAGUCUCAAAAAAGUUUUUUUUUUUUGCAUAGAAAGGGGCAUUUGUGUGGUUGUUUUGCAGAGUCUGUUGUCAUGCACACAUUCUUCAGUCAAAAUAAAGAAUCCAACUGUG